GUCCCGCCGGGCCAGCCCCGCGCCCGCCGCAGCCAGCUCGCCGCGCACCGCCCGCUGCUCGGCGCACCGCCGUCCGCCAGCCCGGGAUGAGCGCGCCCCAGGCUGCGGGAGAGGAGGCGCCGAACAGCGGGCGCUCGGUGGUCAAGGUGGUCCUGGUGGGCGACGGAGGCUGCGGGAAGACGUCGCUGAUGACGGUCUAUGCCGAUGGGGCCUUUCCAGACAGGUACCACCCUACAGUGUUUGAGCGCUACAAUAUCAACGUACAGAUGAAGGGUAAACCUGUGAGCCUCCAACUGUGGGACACAGCCGGGCAAGAUGACUACGACCGCCUCCGGCCCUUGUUCUAUCCUAAAGCCGAUGUCUUGCUCCUCUGCUUCGAUGUGACCAAUCCAAACAGCUUUGACAACGUUGCCAACCGGUGGUACCCAGAGGUGACACACUUCUGCAAAGGAGUGCCCAUUAUCGUUGUGGGCUGCAAGACGGACCUGCGCAAGGACAAGGCGGUGGUGAACAAUCUGCGGAAGAAAAGGCUGGAGCCGGUGACCUACCACAAGGGUCAGGAUAUGGCAAGGUCUGUGAAAGCAGUGGCCUACCUUGAGUGUUCGGCUCGCCUCCAUGACAACGUGGAAGCCGUCUUCCAGGAAGCAAGUGAAGUGGCUCUCGGCGGUCGAAGUGAUAAUUUCUGGCGGCGGAUCACCCAGAAUUUUUGCGUGGUCACCUGAGUGGUUUAGAACCCAGACUGCCUCCCACUUUCCUCAGCUGGAGAAAGACCCAGGAGCAGACCUUCUACUCUGUUGACUGGGCUGGACCUAGUCACCAAGCUGAGCUUACAGAUGGUCUCCACUGAGGACUGGCCCCUGGACCUAAGAAUCCUGUACUGAGGAAGAGGAUUCCUAGACCCUUAGCUCUGGAACCAUUAUUAGACUCCCUGUGCCCAAUCCUGGAUAUGUAUCCUGUGCAGUCUUAUUUGGCACCACCUUGCGGCUUCUGAGAUGUACCUUCAGGACCUAGGUUUCUAGGGGCCAUCCUACCUGGGCCAACACCCUGCCCUGCCCCCAGGUCAUCUUAUUCCCAUUGAUAAGUGUAACAACUAAAAUGAUAUCACUUGU